UGAGCGGAUCCCACGUGUGACGCUUUCAUUCCCGGCUCAGUAAUAUUCUCAUAGCGGGGCUUUGCAUAUCUCCUGCCCUAUCUGUGUGUGUCUGUCACUGUUACUGUAGUCCCAGCCUCUAUAGUUUGGAAUAGAUAUGGAAGGAGACGGGAGUCAAGCCACGUCCGGAAGCUUAAAUGAUUCACAACAUGACCCGGGUAAAAUGUUUAUCGGUGGCCUCAGCUGGCAAACCUCACCAGACAGCCUUAGAGACUAUUUUAGUAAAUUCGGAGAAAUAAGAGAAUGUAUGGUGAUGAGAGACCCCACGACAAAACGCUCAAGAGGAUUUGGGUUUGUUACGUUUACAGAUGCUGCCAGUGUAGAUAAAGUCUUAGCUCAACAGCACCACGAAUUAGACUCAAAGACGAUUGAUCCUAAGGUUGCCUUUCCCCGACGGGCCCAGCCUAAGAUGGUCACAAGAACAAAGAAAAUAUUUGUGGGUGGCUUGUCGGCCAACACGGUAGUGGAAGAUGUGAAGCAGUAUUUUGAACAGUUUGGGAAGGUCGACGACGCCAUGCUUAUGUUUGAUAAGACUACUAACAGACAUAGAGGAUUUGGUUUCAUAACUUUUGAGAGUGAAGACAUCGUAGAGAAAGUCUGUGAAAUUCAUUUUCAUGAAAUCAAUAACAAAAUGGUAGAAUGUAAGAAGGCCCAGCCCAAGGAGGUGAUGUUCCCACCAGGUACGCGAGGGCGAGCCAGGGGUCUGCCCUACACCAUGGAUGCCUUCAUGCUGGGGAUGGGCAUGCUGAGUUACCCUAACAUUGUGGCAACGUAUGGCCGCGGAUACACUGGAUUUGCACCCAGCUAUAGCUACCAAUUCCCUGGCUUCCCAGCGACGGCAUAUGGACCGGUGGCGGCGGCGGCGGUAGCAGCAGCGCGUGGCUCAGGUAGGGGGGCCCGUGGAAGAGGCGGCUACUUGGCGUACCCACAGAGCACAGGGCCAGGCCUCCCCGAUUAUGGGUUUUACUCUGCGCCCAGUGACCAGAGGGGGGGGCCCUGCUCCUUUGCUGACUAUGGCUCCCUGGGGCCCCAGGCGGCUCAGAUGCUGCACAGUGAGCAUGCCACCUCCGCCUGCAACUCCCCCCUACAGCACCUACACAGCCCGGAUCAGUUUAAGAACCCAGGCACCAACCCAUCCAGGCCCGGAGGUUUCCCAGGUGCUAACAGUCCAGGGCCUGUAGCUGACCUGUAUGGACCUAGCAACCAGGAUUCAGCUGUGGGGAACUACAUCAGUGCUGCUAGUCCUCAGCCUGGCUCCGGGUUUGGCCCCAGCAUUACUGGCCCGUUGAUUGCGACAGCUUUUACAAACGGAUACCAUUGAACAGGUGGCCGGUUGCUAUCUCAUCAGAGCAGAGUAUAUCUGGUGGCCCGUGACAGACAGGACGAAGUUUCUAAUUGGCUUUGUGUGCAGGUGAUGAUAAUCCAACUUCAAGCACUACAGCGUCACCGAUGGCUAAAAGAGUGAAAAGCGGGAACCAUAUGAAGAAGAUUUGGAAAAAAAAAACAAAAAAAAGAAAAGUUUGUCAUCUCAGAAAAACAAACAACUGCUGUACUAUAACCCAAACCUCCUAUACCUUUACAACCUGGUUUGGUAUGAUGUUCCACGUCAACUUCACUCACCGAUUUCCUUCCUCCCUUAGCUUUUUGUUUUUGAUCACUUUCUAGUGUGUUGUUUGAGUUUAACUUUUUAUCUCCUUGUAGUUUGUAAGUGCAUUUUAUUUGUAUUUUAUUUUUUAAAGUACGGCGGGUCAGAGCCAAGAAUAUCUGCAAGUCACCUCUUCAUCUCUAUUGGUUACUGUAAAGGCAAAAAAAUGAAACGUAUUUCCAUUCGGUCUUUCAGCAAAAAAAAAAAAAGAUUAAAAAUAAGCUCAGUAUGGAAACAUUUGGAGAAAAAAAAUUAAGGAAAUUUCAAAGAGAAGGUAUCAAAGUAAUAAUUUUUAGUAGUUGUUUUAUUUCUUGUGAUGUCUCAUUGUAAACCAUGAUUACCUAUUUUUGGGCAAUACAAAGAGGACUCCAAUAUUUUUAUGGUCCUUUUUUAUAAGUGUUGUUUCUGUUGUGUAGAAAUAUAAAUAUAUAUAAAUAUAUAUAUAUGCUAUAACAAAUUUCAUAUAACGACAUUGUGAAUUCAAACUUGAGAAAAAGAAAUGUAGCUGUACAUAUUAUUCCAGUCACUGCAUAUAACCAACUCAGUGAGAGAAUAGCAUAUUUUUGUGAUGGUGUGUCAAAAGAAUACGUUCUAGCGUGUGAAUAGAAGAAAAAGCUGUAAACAAUAUUCUACGUUUUUGGUUUUUUUGGUUUUUGUUUUUUUGUUUUUUUCUGCUGAAAGACGAUACAAGUCCUCAAACAAACAGUUGUGUAAAUACUAAAAAGCCGAAUGAUUUUAAAAGUGUCAUACCAGCAAAUUUAUGACCGGUGAGCUUAGUUGACGCUGUUUUAGAGACAGAACAGCAUGGAUGAUGAUUUUACGAUCACUUCAAGGUGGGAGCGACAGAGAGGGGGGAAAAAAAGACGAUUUUUAAUCCAAAGCACAGCGUACGAAGAGACGCGACGAUUCGAACUUGAAGCGGGCCUUUUUUUGCAGAGCUCUCUGCUCCUGGCGCUUUUCUACUGCUGAGAGGAACCUGUUAGCUGUAUAUGUGUUCAAUGUCCGUUUCAUCCUGCUUGUUCCUGAGUCGCUCAUGGAACAAAAUACCUGGGCUCUGUGCUCGAGCCUUUUUUUAUCUACCUAUCUAUAGAUCUAUAGAUAGAUAGAUACACUGUUUGUUCUUCGAAUCGGUUCUUUUUUGAAUGAAUUAGGAAGGUGAACAUUUUGAUACCAUACCUCAACCUUUGUGACUUUGAUCGUGUAAUCAUCUCGGCAGGUUUUUGAUUUAUUUCAGUGCUGAGCAUAGAAAAAAUAAGAAGAAAAGAAACACUGAAAGGCAUUUUUAAAGCGAGUUAUCGCUGCACUGUGAGUUUUGAAGUACAGGCCAUCCUCUUGUUUGCACAUUAGUAUGUCAGCUUUUUACAAACGAACCUGUGCUUCGGGACAGCAUGAAGGAUUUAUUAAUGGGUGUGGGGGGGUGGCGUAUUCACGUGUUCCCUACCGGACAAGCGGCUCGGGAUAUAAAAAGCGGCGUGAUGCGGCGUAUUCUUGGAUUUCUUUCUGUAUAGUAGACCCACGGCUCCCCAGAGGAUAUUUAUACAGGGUCAAAAGAUGACACUGAAUUAUUCACUAUCUGUCGCUACACUUGGCUUUGCACCGUCUUUACAUGUGGCAAAAAGGUUUUACUCCUACAGCGACAGAUUAAUGAUAAUAGUAUAAUAAUAAUAAUGUUACGCACCAGAGUGCAGUCUGGUUUUGAAACUUCUAUCAGUGCCGUUGUUUUCCUUUCAUGCACUUGUUUCCUUUUUCUUUACAAAAACCAACAGGUAAUAAAUAUGCUGGAUACUUCUAAAAUAAAUGAUUAUGGAGGUGUGAUCAAGUAAUAAUUUAAAGAAAAAAAAACUUGUAAUGUUCAGAUGUAUAAGAAAAGAAGAAAUACAAAAGUAAAAAAAAAAAAAGAAAGAUGCUUCUUUGCUGAUUUCAAGAUUAAUCAGAGUUUUAUUGAUACUUUGUGGUUUCUAUAUUAAUAAUUGUAUUAUACUAUUAAAAAUGUACUGUGCAUCCAUUACGUUCUCUCUUUCCAUGCCCCAUCCUCAGAGAUGCUGCCAUCUUUUGUUGCUCAUCCAUGUACUUCAUUAGUGUGUAAAGAAAUCACAGUUAACUUGUAAACAGAGUGCUGUCUUUGAUACCAGUGUAGUGCUUUGUUGUUCUCCCUCGCUCUACCUCUCCUUUCUCUCAUAUUUAGCCCCUCCCUCCUCUCGCUCUUUUUCUAUCUCCUGUAAUUACAAAGUAGAUGUUAUAUAGGACUCAUUUAUAUAAUACUUGUAGUGAAUAGUGGAAUUAGAACCAGUCAAGAUAGACCUUUCUCUCAAUGAUCAUGUUGUUCUGAUAUUUGUUCGUUGUAAUUUAUUCCCUGUAUGUUUGAUCUUUAUGUUUAGACUUGUUUUUUUGUUUUGUUUUGUUUGUUUUUCUUCUAUUUGGUUUGUUUUUGCCACUCGAACAUGGUUUCAGCUAACCAAAGUUCUCAUGGAGGAACAAUGGAGAAAUUGUUGCUGUAAGAUGGACUUGUACACAAGGCAUUAAUUGGAUCCCCACCCUUGAAUGUUUUAAAAGGGGUGUGCCAUACUACCUUAAAUGCUAAUGCUUGACAUGCAGAGAUUUUUCUUUUAAACUUUUUACUUCAUUCACAGGAAAGGAUUAUUAUGUAGAGAUAAUGAGAAAAAUAAUUUUUGUUUUGGUAGAAUGACCAUCAGUACUCCCGGUAUCAGUCAUACAGAGGUCUGUUUGUAUAUUUCGGAAAUAGCUCAGUUACUUUUGACACGACUGCAUUUGGAAAAGACUUUGUGUCUUUAUUGUGUCUUUAAUUAUUUAAGUGAAAGUUCUUUUUUGGAAGCGAUUUUUCUAGCUUGUUUCAAACAGUUUCCAGGUGUAAUUCUCUACAAAACCGCACAGCACACUUUAAGAAAAAUACUUUAAAUAAAUAAAAGCAGCUUUUUAUUUGCCAGUCAAACAAUUAAUGGUUUAAUCUGGAUUAAAACCAGGACAGCAUCCCAAACGAUUGUUUUCUUUAACAACAUUACCUAACCUGAAAUGUAACUCCUAAACUUAUAAAAUCAAAAGGUGCUUUCAAUUUACUAAGCUUUAUCUCAUUAUAAUAUAACUUUACGGUACCUCAGCAGUUUUAAGGUUUUAUAUCACAUAUUAAGUUUAUAUCGCCACAAUUUUUACCCUUUAAACUUUGUCAUGCUUUGUUACAUUAUAUUAACAAGCUCUAGUGUAUUUUACAUGGAUUUUAUGUAAUAGAUCAACACAUCUGUAGUUGAACAAAAACGGCACUCUGCCUUUUAUUUUGAAUUCAUUUGAUUUUAGUCGUCCUGAUUGAAAACAUUAAUCCACUUUUUAUUGCUAGCAGAUUUUUUUUGGAGUGUGAGUCAAAAAUGUGCAAGCAUAGAGGCUGAGAUAUUGGUGAAAUAGAUCGAACUCACUAAGAUUAGAGGGAGAGUGCCUCAACACUUAACUUUCAAGUACAUAGUUUUGCAAUUAUGUUCAAGUCCAGACUUUGACUGGACCAUCUCAAAACCUGCAAAUCUCAAGCCUUUUGCAGAACCUUUCCUUCUCUCGAAUAAGAAUUUGUUUCACAUCUUGCCUACCUGUUCAUAGUGGAGUAAAAACAUUCCCAAAACUACAUGUGAGGUGUAAAUCUUUUGCAUUUGCAUGCAGGCUUUAAAAGUAACGUUUGCUGUGUUUCUUCUGCGGUAUUUUAAAAACAGCAAACCACAUAUUUUUAUCUUUUAACAGUGGAUUUCUUUCUCCCACUCUCCCUUAAAGCCCACAUUUCUUUUGUCUAUAACUCACUUUUAAAGGUUUUAAUGGUGGAGAUGAUUUUUCUCACACACCUUUUAGUUCUUAGUAACACAGCUGAGCUCAACAUCUGACAUUAAAUUAAAACACUGGCGGAUUUAUCAGUAUAUAUCUCACCGUAAUCUGUUUUGCACUAAACUUGUUUAGGUUUGCUAGAGUUCACAUUUUUGUGAUUAUUUAUGCCCAAACUUUAAAAAAUCCAUAACUUUCACUUCCUGCAAUGCAUGCUUUUGUUGAUCUAUCGCAUUAAACCCCAGUAAAAGUCACUUUGUUGUAGCAGCAUGAAAAUAGAAAAGGUUUGAGGUGUAUGAAGACUUUUCAUAGGUGUCAUAAAUACACAGCUUGGUCUCUUAACUAAUCCAGUUGGUCAGAUGACA